AUGAAGGACGAAGCGUCCUCCCAACAGCCCCAGGCACCACCCGCUGACAACACAUCCUCACCGCCAGCAAGAACACCCUCUCAAAGCGCACGUCAUUCUCGCAUCCGUCAAAGCGCACCCGAAUCCUCAGCCCCCAUCAGCUUUGCUCGUCCUCUCCACCUCCGUCAAGACACACCUGAGCCAGCAUUCCAUGGUCAAGACAUCUCCACUGGCUCUUCCUAUGGCAGAGGAAUUGCCAGUGAGGAUUCAGAAUGGAACGACGAGCCACCCUCUUCAGCAACAUGGGAUCGACGUGCGGCCAACGCUUCCGGGGCCUCGGAUCCUUCUGACGCCUCUACGCCGCUAAAAGUGCGCAGAAGAGGUAUGAUCAACGACAAGAAGCUCACUAUCAGCGUCCACGGUCCUCCGAAAGCCAGCUCAAGCAGUCUAAGGGUUGCAAGUGAUUCAAGCACUCCAGCUAUUCGAACAACACCGCCGACUGAGAUGCCUGCGAGGCGGACCAAGGCUGCUACUCGAAGCAGAUCUUACCGAUCGGACAAUGCGGCAGAGAUUUUGCCUAGUAAAAGCAAGAAGGAUUCUCCUACGGGUAGUGCCGGUUUGGGACCACAAACUCCGGAUAGUGCUGGUAUCAGGUGGGCUCCUGCCAAGAGCAGUCCUCUUGCUGAUGCUACCAAGUUCAGCCCCAUUGCUGCGACGACCAGUCCUGGCUCGAGUGGGCAAAGCAGUGGUGGUGGUUCAGAUAAGCCUCUUCUCUCUACUCCCAGGUACGGCUUCAACCCAGAAUUUGCGUUGGGUGCUUCCACAACAUCGAAGAGCAAAGAUGACACUCCGCCAGCUAAACCUUCUCCGACCUACAACGGAGGCAGCUCGCAAGGAGGAGUCAAGUCUAUGCUCUACGCGAACCGUAUGCUUUCCACACCCUUAAGUCCUCGUGCGCCAAUCGAUCGUUCGCCAAUGUCGAACAAAAUGCCCAGCACUCCACGUACACCUCAGACGCCAAGGACACCAGUGACUGCUCGUUUGCCACAGACGCCCCGGUCUGCUGGUGGUGCAAGCUACCAAGGUGUGCUGCUCACUACAGUUACCCAUGCUCCUUCUGAUCCCAAGGUACCGAUGCAGGGCUCCAUUGCAGAGUCCAGCACUGCUGCAGCAAGAAAGACCAGCAACAGAAGUGCAAGUAUCGCCACCGAGUUGCGCAGCUUCGUCAGGGGUGGUGCGAACGAGGUCAUUCCUCGUCUUGAGUUGCGCGUGUUGCAGCGUCCUAGUGCGUCUCAAUUCUACGCUAUGGGUGGACCGCAGGGCCAGGGGUACUCGCUUGCUGCUACUGCUCGCCAGACCGACGAGAAAGAGGAGGGCGAAGAGAAGGAGGGACAGGACCAAGACUAUUCUCCUCGCACUUCUGCUUUUGCUAGGUCGCAAGCUCUCUCGCAACUCACCAGAAAGCUCAACUCUGUGAGUGGUAAGCCAGUUCUCCGCCGAGGAAGUAGCGCAGUAAACAGCGUUUCCGCCUACCGAUCUUCUCGUCGCGAGAGACGCGAUACAGGAGCAACAACCACUGCUGCCCUUUCAACUCGCUCUCAGAUGUCACGUCGUGUCUCGAUGCCUAACGUUACAAACGAUGCCAAGUCGUAUCAUCAGUCUUCCGUAGACCUACGUAUGUCCUUAGCGCCCACAUUCAUGCGCGGUAGAAGAGACAGCUCAAUGCAACCCGACAACGAGGACGAAACCAAAAACGACAUCGUCGAUGAAAUGAACAGACGAGUCCAUAACAUCACCGAUGCAAAACGAUGGAUCCUUACCCACAGACCUUCCAUCGGCAACCACACAACCGCACAGGACAUCAUGGAGGAAAAGAGACCAGCCACUGCUAUGCGUCGCCCCACUUACGCAGCUUCCGUCUUCCAGCAAGCUCGACUGAUGGAGGCGGAGAGACAAGCUAGUGUUGCAGCUGGAGCUAUUCUUUCUGGUUCUGCUAUUAACGAUGCUCCCGUCAACGAAUCCGCCGCUAAUGUCGGUCAUCUGCCUCCAGGUACACCAUCGCCUCUUGGUCCUCGCACACCAGAACUGUUCUUCCCGAAGACUCCCGCAACUGCUUUCCCGCAAGGCAUUCUGGAAGUCGAAGAGCCGAACCCCCUCGGAGACCCUGUUACUGUUGCUGUCUCUGUUCACCCUCUCCAGGUCCAGCCAUUGACAUGGAAGCAGCAGACUCUGCACUACAUCUGCACUCCAGGCAGACUGGUCAAGCAGCAGAUCGACUCAAAGUACGUAAUGUCGAUGUGCGAUCUCCGAGAGAUCCUCUUCCCGAUCACAUUCCGCAAAGUUGCGCUAUGGUUCAUCUACGGUGGUGUUAUUACGUUGCUAGUCCUGCUAGACAAGCACUAUCACUGGUGGGACAAACUCGAUCGAGCAGUGCACGGGAAGAAUCUGGCGAUUAUGGGUGUGCUAUAUGGGUUCGAACCGAUGAUGAUCAUUGUUAUUAUGCUGGUAGCUAGGGUCCCGGAUGCGAGGGUUGUUCCUGAUCGAACUGUGCUCGUGCCUCGUGGAAGUGACAGCACCGAUUCCUAUCCCGUUCAGGAGAAUGGAUCGAGGCAUAGUAUCAGCAAUGACGACUCGAAUUACGUCGCGCCGGAAGAUAUGGCAGCUCAGAUGUAUUCAACUAUUCUUGAAGAGGAACAUGGCGACAGCCAAAGCAAAUUUGAGGGUGGAAGCGAGAUACAAGACCAGGAAAGCGGGAUUGUGGACAGAGAGGGUCUGGCGACGAAAAGGUGGUCUGCAAUGACAAAACCUUCAAUGCGAAGGCUGUCGACACGUGUCACUAUUGCGUCAGCUAACACUGGAGACGCGCCUGGUGGGGAGAGGAGACCAAGUGAAGCGACUUCCAACUCACACAACGCUCCACCGGUGCCCAGAACACCCGGGUUCGACCCAAAGAACAGGAGAAGUACUAUCAUCCUGCACGAGCCGAUCAACUUCAACAACAUUGGUCCUGAGCUGGAGAAACAGAUGUCCCGUCGGCCCAGUGAUCCUUCGCAUCAGAUGAUGUUGGCUAGGACGGCAAGUAGAGAUUCGAGAAGAGGAUCGUAUUUUGGUAUUGUCGCUGCUUCUGCUGGUGCUCGAUUUGGCGCCACUACUCCUGCCCAACCUACUGAUGCUAUAAUCGACGAAAAGGAAGGCAAAGACCUCCUCCCCACCAACAGCACUUCCAGCAACGAGAUCGAAGACGAAAAGAAAGCAAUCCAAUCCGCCGCUCCCCUCGAGUCUUCCCAGCCCGACGCCGCCGACAUCGGCAUCGACAUGGACACCUUCACCCACCCCUCCCUCACCUGCAGCACCGCCCUCAUCAUCCCCUGUCACAACGCCGACGUCGAAGUACUCAAAGCAGUUCUCUUCGCAGCUCUCGUCCAUUUCGAACCCUGGCAAAUCUUCAUCGUCGAUAACGGCAACUCUCCUCUCCCACCCAGAGACAUGGAAUCCUCUAUCCGAUCCCAACCCAUGUUCUCCCGUGUCAACUACAUCUGGCUUCCGGUCGGAAACAAAAACAUCGCCCAAUUCGUCGGUGCAAAAGCAGCUGCAGUUCUCAACCUCGACUACGUCCUUACCAUCGACGACGACGUUAUCGUCCCUGCGAACUUCGCUGCUCCGAUGCAUAUUAUCUCGGAAACCGUCACGGCUGUUUGCUACCCCAUCACCGCCGUAGAUCACAGAGGUGACCGUCCUUUGUUCGUGGGAUGGCAGGAUAUCGAGUAUAAGAUGUCAGCAUUGGCGAAGAUGGCAGAGUCGAAGAUGUGCAGUGUACUCUUCCCCCACGGUGCCGCUUCGUUCUGGAAGCGGGAGACGAUGAUCGCGAUUUUACGCAGACACGAUCUGAUCUAUUUCGCAGAUGAUGUAAAGAUGGGUCUCGAACUCCAAGCACUGGGACAGAGAAUGGGUAUCGAUGGAAGUAUCUCAUUCGAAACCGUCGCUCCUGAAACUUUCCUGGGUCCCCCCACGAAUGGUACGGCGAAUUACUACCACCAACGAGUCCGCUCUUGGGAGAUGGCCCGCCACACCCUCUACUGGCAAUUCUCCAAACGUUUCCUCUUCUCCCUCAAUGGUGCACGCACCCCGGUCGCAAUAGGAUGGCAAAAGUUCACACAGUUCUACAACUCAACCACUAACUUCAUCGACUGGAUCCGUUUGCCGAUGUUUGUUCUACUCGGCGGUAGCGGUCAAUUCUGGUUACGCUCGUUUGCGUUUAUCUUCUUCCUCCCCAUCGUACCUCUUCUUCCGUAUAGAUUCAUCAAGACGAGAAAUAGGCCCGAUCUUCAUCCACACAUGCUGGAUAUGCUCACAUUCGGGAUCUACAAGCUCAUGUACAGUCUAGUGUGUAUUCUGGGCGGAUUGAGGUCCAUGUUGGUAUUCUUCCCGAACCACAGCCAUAAGCCGAAUUUGGUAGAGAUGGAAAAGAAGGGUGAUGAAAGAUGCAUUUGGUUGAAAGAAAAUUUCAUGAAGGAUAGCGGAGGUCAGGUGGAUUUGAGAGGAGAAGGUCAACAGAUUUUGUUGGAUGACGAAGCAACCGCACAGACUCAGGCAGAGGCGGAGAGGGAGGGAGAAGAGAUGACGAAGGCUGCAGUGGUGAACACGCUUACAGCGGAAAUAGAGAAGCAAGCAGGACAGCAGGAUGUGGCGGUGGUCAAUGUCGCCAGGAGGCCUUCUAGAACGCCGCACGAUGAACAGACUGCCCACGAGGUUCGUUAG